AUGGCACGUCCUGUAAUCUUCUUGGAUGUGGAUGGCGUCCUACACCCUGGCACCUACGAGGCGCACAAAUGUCAGGACCUUUUGCGACCUCAGUGUCUAAAGGAGCUGCGGCGCCUGGUGGAUGCCACAGAUGCGAUUUUGGUGCUCACCAGCAGCUGGCGCGAGUCCAGUGGAGCCACAGCGCGUCUCACCAGCGCCCUGCAGCAGAAUGGGAUGUCACUCUUUGGAGCCACGGAUGUCAGUGGAUGGCCAGGACUACGCGGACGAGGUGUGGAAAUCACUCGGUGGCUCCAACGGCAUGGGAAUCUGGUGCAGAUCCCGCACUGGUUGGCUUUGGAUGACUUAGACCUGGCAAAGGAUGGAGGCUUCCCAGCUCAACACCUCAUCCGCACCAGCACCUUUCAUGGACUGCGGCCUGGGGAUGUCGAGAAAGCCAUUGCUCAACUGUCAGUGGAAAGCUGCAGCUGUAGUCACUGUAGUCACUGUAACCUUCGUGUACCAGGUGACAAAGAAGACGGACGGGACGUCGUCCAUCAUGCUGAAUGA